GCUAGUGUAGGCGAUACACCCCAUACCCUGCGAUUAUUGACCCAUGUAGCUCUUGGUGAUUCUUACCUAUCUGAUGCAGAUGGUGACAUCGUGACAUCACAACUUCCCGUCGUCGGUAUCCUUCCUAGGACUUAGUUCGAGCGUCCAAUCCUUCCUGAAAGGCACAUAUAAAUAGUGCAUUGCCUUGAUAGAAUUGAUCCCAAUUAUUAUCACCAAUGUUUUAUUUAAUCUGAUGUUAUCGAACUUCCGAACAAGCUGACAAGAUACUCGUCCAAGCUCAGCUCUCCACAGAUUUUGCGCACUGUCGACUGUCGAUCAAAGAAAAUCCCUGCCACCAGAAUCAAUUACCAACGCGAUGCAUUUCUCGCAUACUUUCCAGUUCGUCGCCAUGACUGCUUCGAUAUUUUUCCAAUCUUCGUCGGGAUGGUCAUUUACCAUGUUUAACGACGCGGGAUGCGGCAACUCAACGUCGACCACGGGUGCAGACAAGGUGGAACAACCGGGCGAUGUGACAUGUGACUCGGUUCCCAACGCCGACCGGCACAAGUCGAUCUUAGGUGGAAUUCCGUCGGGAAGUGAGUGUAGGAUCUCGCUCUACUCAUCCGCAGGUUGCGGAGACAGAGAAGCGUUUAGUCUCACUCAGUACACCACCACCUGUUUUUCUCUCGAAGAUUUCACCGCGCCGCUUGCAUUUUACGAGGCUACUGGCUGUGCAUGAUUGAACAGGUGGAUUGUGAAGGAAAUUUGAUGAGUUUGAGGGAUCAUACGAGAAUAUGAAUGUAGCAAGAAAGUUAUGAAGCGGAAUAAUGAAUAUUCAAUGAUAUGUAAAUAUCCGUGUAAAACAUCGACG